AUGGAACAGUCGUCUGGGACACCGAACCUCAUCGUUAACGAAACUUUAAACACUGAUAUGAUCAACAACGAACAAAAACAUGGACAUAACAGUAUCCAACCAAAGGAUAUUCAUAUAUCAAGUACUUCAGUAUCUGUACAUCAUCGUCGCAAGCGGUCGCAUAUAUCAUCAUUAUCGGGGCCUGUGCAUGCAGUUAAUCAUAUAGAAGCACCCACAUAUGGAGAAUAUGAAUUUCCAUCGUUAAAAGAUCAUGUUGACAUUGUAGAGUCGGCAGACGAGGAAAAUGUACUUCUUAGUUGCAGUCCUGAACAUUUUCUACGUAGUGAUUCAACUCUUGGUGAAAAAUCCGUCGAUUCGCUAAAGCUCGCUAAACUCGAUCCGGAAUUCCGUGACUUGAUCUCACGUUAUGUCUGCUCGGAAUAUGUAGUUCAUUGUCUUGAACUGGCAGGCUUUUGUACACCGUAUGUUGUCGCCCGACUAGAUGAUCAUCAGUUACAGAGGCUUGAGACGUUUGUUGGACAUGCUUGUUCGAUUAUGAAGUCAAUUACCUUACGAGAGCAUUUCGUAGGGCCCAUUUUUGCAAAUGAUCCACUAAAGUUUAAACUACCCUCAGGUGCUGCUUGUGGAAUUCUUUUGGCUGCACACGAAAUUCGUCGGAGGUAUCGUCGAUCUCAGUUAUCGAUAGAGGGUCAAAAUCCUAUUGAUGAGGAUUUCAUAAUUAUCCCAGACUCAUGUGAUCAGAGCUUCAGUGAUAUAGGUUGUCAAACAGAUUCUUCACUGUCUCACUUAAUUUCUUCAGCAUCUUCACCGCCUGUUACCUUGGCUGACCCAUUACCAAGCAACUUUGUGGAAAAUUCGGAUUCAACAUCUCCAACAUCGGUGGUAAAUUUGACGUCGAAAACCUACUUUUCAGAUUCCCCGAAUCCCUCACGCAGGUCAGAACCAAGUGUACCACCUUCUGACGGACCAGCAGUGAUCAUGGCUGCUGCUCUCCAAGCUGCCGCAGCUGCUGUGAGUGGAAAUGGAUACAAUAAUAUCACUUUGUUUUCUAAUUCUUUACCCGAUGAAAACAGUUUAACGACACUCUCUGGUUUAAGUAGCUGUAACUCUGGUGAUACAAAUCCUGUGCUUCAUCCAGGAACUAGCAUAUCUCCUGUUUCAUCACGUAAUACGAUUCCAGUGUCAAAUAUGCCUUCUGUCACCAUCACAUCAAAUGCUAUACCAUCUCAUUCUAACUUUUUGAUCAGUUCCUCUCCAGUCGGAUACGGAAAUGGAUUCUUUGAGAAUGAAGGAGUCAAUUUGGAGCGCUUGAAACAGCAUUCUUCAGCUAGUGCAAUCAGGUUAGCAUCACGACAGUUUGUUAACGCUUACCUUAUGCGUGGUCGAGAUUUUGAUAUGGAAAUGGAAUUGUCAGUGACUCCUGAGGGUUUUAAACGUGUUACUGGUAUAUUUUAUUGUCAUCUCUGCAGAGAGAAACGUUUAGGUCAGUCUCCAGGACCAUUCAACAGUUCGAGCUGUCGCACUGAUUUUACGGUACAACAUACAACUAAUUCAUCUAAUACAUCGCUUCUGCCCACAUCUAUUUCUCUCAACCAAUUUCAGUUACGAAUGAAACCUGAACCAGGAAACUGCACGUAUACUAUUGAAGCUGAGGGCAUUGAAGACUCUAGUUCUGUGCAUCAGAUUUUAGACAGUUUAUCUCCGCCAAAUAGAUUAAACUCACCGGAUACCAAAGGUUCGUCUCCCACUCGAGGUUCGGAACUCAAAGUCAUUAUCCCAUCGCGACCAAAUACAGAUAGCCAAUGUAAUACGCUAACUUCGUGA